AUGACUACAAUCAUUAUCAAUGAAAUAAUACCCAUAAUUACUUUAAUAUUAAUUGUCAUAUUUAUAACACAUAAUACUUUCCCAAUUAAUCACACUUAUAAUAAAAAGAAAAGUAAUUAUUAUAACCAAAAAUACAUUAAUCUAGGCAAAUUAUUUAUCAAUAUUAUUCUGAGAACAAAUAUUGUAAUAGAAAAAAGCUAUAGAAAAAAGACAAACAACAGAAAACAGAAAUUAGUCCAAGAAAUGAUGAUGAAAUUUGAAGAAAUAGAAUCAAGAAAGAGAAACUUUAUAAGAAAGAAGAAGAACAAGAAGAAAUACAAUGGAGAUUGA